AUGAAUAAUCUUUAUGUAGUUUUGAUACUACUUGUCACCUUAUCAUUACAUGCUAAUGCAGUAAAACAAGAGUUCAAAGGACACUUCUAUGAGUUACAGACUACACCUGCCACAUACUCAUCUGCAUUGGCAGCAUGUAAACAGUUGCCACCAUAUAAUGGAAUGCAAGGUUACUUGGCAACAAUAACAUCUAAACAGGAGAAUGAUUGGAUUGUUGAGAAGUUCUUGAGUACAUUGACUGCAACACAGAAGUUCUGGAUAUCAGGUCAGAUGUCCAAAUCUGGUCAAUUCUUCUAUAGCUCUGGUCCAGAGAAUGGUACACUACUCUAUGAUCGAUCAACCUUAGAGUGUGGAAUGUUCUGUGGAUGGAAUCAAAUUGAACCAAACUUUAAUGAUGUUGAGACCAACAUUGCAGUGGAGUUCAAUUAUUACUCACCAGUCAAGUAUGUUGGACAAUGGAACAACUGGUCUGGUACACUCAGUGCCAUGUAUCUCUGUGAAUUUGGUGGAAUGGAAGACCCAUUCAUACCAUCAGUCAGGACUGUUGGAGUCAAUGAUACAGCCACCAUCAAUAAUAUACUCAACUUGAAUUUGUUGAAUAAGAAAUCAACAGAUGUAUCAGUAACAUUUGUUAAUGAUGAUGGAAGGACUUUCAAGGCAUCGGAUAUAUAUAUCACUUCGGAUACAACAUUGUUAAUGACAAUUCCACCUGGUUCAGGAAUGUAUAAUGUUACAAUCACAGUGAUGGUCAACAGUAACACUGUCACUUUAAAGACAACAUAUCAGUACAAACCACCUCAAUUAAGUAUUGUGGUACCAGCACUAUCAACUGGAUCUACUAUUACAUUGGUUGGUGAUAACUUGGUCGAUUUAAAGACAUCUGUAUUCCUUACCAAUCAGUCUGUUGCAUGUAACAAUGUGCAAUUGGUCAAGCAAGGAGUGAUAACAUGUCAGACCUUUGUGGAUCUCACCGGCCUUGUGAUCGUGCCCAUCACAAUCAAUGUCGACUCUGUCUAUUCCAUCAACAAUAAUCCUGCCUUCAAUUAUGUACCAGGAAAUGGAUAUUAUCAAUGCUUCCGAACUUAUACAAACUUGACAAACUCACUCCAGUUUGCUCAUGAUCAAACUGUUCGUGGAAUGUCUGGUUACUUGUCUUAUGUUAGUACAAAGGCUGCCAAACAGAUUGCUUCAAACAUGUGUCCAGAUAUGUAUUACACCACAUCAUUAUCGAUGAACAAUAACAAUCAGAUAAUCACAUCUGAUGAUCCCAACAUUGGUAGCAUCAUCACAUUGGACCCAACCAUCUCAGUCUCUGGAAUGGGUGGUCAAUACUACCUCUCGCCACGCAAUGGAUACCUUCGCCAAGCACCAACAAUGGGUGAUGGCACAUUCCUCCAAUUGAUCUAUAAGAAUAACUUCCAAAUGAUACCUAGGACUUCGACGUACGUCGUCCCCACCAUGGGUGAUGAGAUCGACUUAGAGUUGUUUCAGGUUGGAUCCCCAUUGGACAUUACAUUCUACACUUAUAAUGGAGGACAACAGAGUGUAAUCGCAAGGGACUACUACUCCGAUCAUAUCUAUAUUGUCAUACCACCUGAUGCCGGACCAUCCAAACAACUCUUGGUAUCAUUCCAACCAUUUGGCAGCACCACACCAGUCUCAAGUGUAUCGAUAACAAUUGAUCGUCUACGACCAAGUAUCAACUCGUUGUCAUUCAUUGAGGAUACAAUUGGAUCAAAUGUGUGCUCCAACAUCACCAUGAUGAUGCCACACAAGUCGCUCACUUGCGUGCUAGAGUCCAGACUUCCAGGACCACCCGUCGCCACAGUGUCUGUCAAUGGUGCUCAAUCAUUGCCAUUCACAUACUCAUUCAUGGCACCAGUGGUUCGCUGGACCACCCCAGGUAUUGUGAACAAGACCACCUUGAUCACGAUCAUUGGAAACAACUUCUCGCCUGUCAACCUCACCGUUCAGAUUGGUGGCGCACCAUGUUAUUCGGCAAAUGUCACCAAUAGUACCACAAUACAAUGUUUGUUUGAUGGUACUGUUCAGAUGCCUCCCAAUCAGAUCGAUUCCCUAGCAGUCAAUGUGUCCUCACAAGGAGAGUUUGGUUUCAACAUUGUGUUCUACUACAUCAACAUCACCCAGUUGAACUGUAGUGGCAAUGGAGAUGCGGUUGGAGGAAGAUGCGUCUGCAAGGAAGGGUGGACAAAGCAAGAUUGUUCAGUUAAAGCUGAGAUAUCAACUGGUGAGCCAGUGAUUGAACAUGGAUCAGUGCGCAGUCUGGCAGACGGAACAUUAUUCAACACAUCAAUAGUAUACCUGCGUGAGGUUGAUGGUGCGGGCGCGACGAUCAAGACAUUGGCACUGUCAUCAAUCACUUGGAAGGAUGUGAGCAGUGCCGCUGACACCAGUGAUGGCGCGAUCAACCUCGUUGGAACAUUCUCAAAUGACAACGCAACAAUGGACAUGCACAUCAAACACUUCAAGACAGCAGAUCAGGUGACAUUUGCCGGCGAGACGAUGUACAUGCCCGCCAACUCGGUAAAGUUCACGGUUGGAAUACGCGAAUGGACAUUCAAAUCGAAGCUUCAUACUCUACAAGUUGUGUUUGAGAGCAAGACUGCCCGAGAGAAGGGUCCAUGCAUACAGGCCAAGUCAAUGGGAGGCAUCAACUCAUACUACAUCGAGCUAGAUCGCUCAGUGUUGUAUGGAUCAUUCGCAGGACAUCUUUACACAGAUGGGCGAGUAGUGACAUCUGUGCUCAAGGACAUCGAGUCCACCGACGUUCUCUACGUCAACAACACAUCAGAGUUGUCUUACAGAUCAUUCAUCGAGGUGCCAGCUUUUGACACUGAGUGCAUAGUUGAUCCAAACUUCCAAUCACUGGUCAAGGUCAAUGAAGGAGGUGAGGGCGAGGCAACGUCAUGUUUGAAACCUGACAAGGACUACACCAAACUCAUUAUCAUUGUUGUAGUAUGCUCUGUGGCUGGAGCAGCCAUCAUCCUGGCCAGUAUACUUCUGAUAAGGAAGUAUAAAUACCAACUACUAUCACAUGCUCCCAGUUCACUUGUCAACAUGAGGACAAUAAAGAAGACAUAA